CCUAAACAUGGACGGGUGAUAAACAAAUUAACGGAAGAUACCAUUUUCGGGACUGUUCAGGAGACAAAGUGAGGUGAUGGCGUCAAAGUAUGCACAAAGAAUGGCACGGCUGUCAUCUAAGAUCUUUGGUGAAGUAUCUAGACAGACAGACCAGAAAUCCUUGAAGAUCGUGAAAAUUUUCACUGGAUUACCACCACACCUGGAUCCUGCCAAAGUGGACUACUACCCUAGGUUGAGGGACACUAAGACCCUCACAGAUGAUCUUAGACACCAUGGUCUAUUUAUAGACGAGUUUCUGGAUUUCAAGGAAGAGCUCGUUAAGAAGCGUGAGGCUAGUGGAAAGGUGAAAAAAGUGCCGUAUCACAUACAGAAGAGACUGGAAAAGGAAGCUAAAGCACAGGAAAGCUCAGAGAGUUCUUGAUGUUGGCUUUAAUUUGAUAAUGUUUUUAUGUCUGACAUUACACAUAGUGGAUAGAUUUGAUAAUGGCUGAUAGACAUGAACGUUUUACGCUUGAAGGCACUGAGCUUGGAAGACUGAUAAGUGUUUUAUACUGCUAUUGGGCCAGAAUAUGUUUAUUUACGUUUUGCCAUUUUCAUAAUCAAUAAAUUCUUAAAUAAAGUGAGCAUGUAUCUGAUGGAUUUAAGGAAAGUUUGACUUAGAAUUUGACUCUAAAAUGUAUAAGAAUGAGCAAUAAUAAUAGAAUUUGCUGUAGUUAUUUUUACUGUCAAUAGAAUUAUGAUGUGAGCAACUUGUCUACAAUAUCAAAUAUUAAAUAAAACUUGAAUAAGGCCUGCCUGUUUUGCAAAGUCAAAUGUAUUUUUAUCUACUUGUUGUCAGCAGCAAUAAUUAAAACAUAUUUCAAGAUAUUCACAUUAAACUUGGUACAUAUGUUCUUGGAGACAAUGUGCAAAAGUGUGACAAAGCUAUUGAGUUAUGUCCCCUUUUCAACUGCAAAAACAACACCAGAAUGUGUUCCAUAGAUGUGUUCAUGGUGUAAUUUGAGAUUUGAUGCUAUUCUUUAAAAACAGCAAUUGUUAAUAGCCCAUCAUUUACUGUGACAUCCUGCCAAAUGGUUCAGUCACUCCAGAGUAAUGGACCUUUAACUGUCACCAUUUAACAAAAUUAACCCUUUCCAUUCUAGGUUACAAAGUGCCAAUUGUUCACACAUUCAUAUCAAAUCACCACUUCAAAGAAACCAAACAAAAUUCAAAAAAUGUUUUAUCCAAAUACAUCACAUGAUUUACAGGGAGAAAAAAAAACAAUACAAUUAUAUCAAUAUCACAGUAGUUGCAAGAUUAAAACAGUAAUCUGUAUACAAUAUGCUCACAUGUGUACUUACAAUAGGCCAUAUGUUCAGAACUUUGUUAAAUAACAGCAUUGUUAAGUUUCAAAUCUUUAUUGCUCUCGAAGUUUAAUGACCACAUGUGCUAUCUGUAGUAUUUCUCACAAUGUUGGAGACAAAUUAUUCAGCUGUAGGUGUUUUAUAUAAAAUCUAAAUAUAUAAGCAGGUUUUCAAAUGGUUUUGAAGUUAACAAAGAUGCUGUUAACGACUUUGUUUACCUUGUGAACAAAGUUCUGAGCAAUCGACCCGAUGUGUUAACAGUUUUACGAUAAAUAGGCAUAAUAAAAUGAUAAAGCAGUCACAA